GAAAAGUGUUGAACUGCAAAAACAACAUUCGUUGUUAUCAAGUAUUAGAAACCCUACAGCAUUUCUUUGACUGUCCUCUUCUAGAUUUCACUUCCCCUGCACAAGGAUUCUUUUGCAUGUUACUCACAUUAUCUGUGCUGUCAAUGCCACACGGCUGUGUUAGCGGCUAUUCCUGGUCCCUUUACUGGUGACACGGCAUAAAUGUAAAGAAAUCAAGGAACGCGCGUUCUGCCGUGUGAAACACGUACAAACAGCGUAGGAGCUGCGGUAAAACUGCACUAGAAGGUAGAUCGUCCAAGGCAAACCACCAUGGCAAGCAACAACGCGAUCUACAUCCGGCAGCAAAUGUCGGCGUUGCUGGGCAGUACUUCGACAUCGAUAAAGUUCAUCUGUAUCGCCACGUUAGUCGGUUACAUGAUUUCAUUCUCCGAACGAAUAUCGGUACUGCUGUGUGUCACUCCCGGGUACCUGAUGCCCCCGACCUUCUGGGUGUGGACCAUUUUCACCUACUUCUUCAUCGAGCAGCACUUUUGGGAGGUGCUGGUGGACUUGGUAACCGUUGGUCUGUGCGGGAAGCUCAUCGAACCGUCGUGGGGACAGAUGGAAAUGCUGCACUAUUUCGCAAUCACCAAUGUUGGAGUGGCCAUUUUGACUAGCUUCUACUAUCUGUUCUAUUCAAUGAUUACCAAAGAUGCCGAGAUUCUAUUCAACGUGCGUAUCUACGGAUUGGCUGGUAUGAAUGCUGCAAUCAGCGUAGCCGUCACUCAGAUAAUGCCGGAUCAUCUAAUUGCAAGAACUCCUCUCGGUAAAUUUUCAAACCGAAAUGUACCGCUUACUGUUGUAAUAGCAUCGAUUAUACUAUGGGCAUGUGGGCUACUGGACGGUACGUACCCGGCCAUGUUCGCCUCUGGUCUGUAUGUGUCGUGGGUUUACCUCCGGUUCUAUCAGCGACAUUCAAACGGAACUCGUGGAGAUAGUGCGGAAAAUUUCCGUUUCGCAAGCUUCUUUCCGAACGUGUUGCAACCGUUUAUUGCCGUCAUUGCCAAUCCUGUGUACUUCGGUUGCCUACGGAUCGGUCUGGUGAAGCGAUUGAGUCCACAGCAGUCCAACUCGUCGUCACUGCAAUCGGUCAGUGUGCAUCUACCCGGCGUGGAUCCCCAUGACAUGGAACGACGGAGACAAAUUGCCCUGAAAGCUCUCAGUGAACGGUUGUCCAAAACGACCGACUCUAGUCGUCAGAAUACCGUACCAAAAUCUUUUCCACAAAACACUGGAAAACACCAUCACCAUGGGCAUGGUCACAGCCACGGACACGGCCAUAGUCACGGCCACCAUCACCAGCAUCACGGCGGGGUUUUGCCAUUCCAAGGCACAUUCCCAAUGACUAUGGAACGCCCAGCGAUUCCAUUACCUCCUCCACCAUCUAUGAGCUUAACCGGCAGUGGUGUGCAGAAACCGGCGGGGCUAGGAAGCUCCACUAUUCUGUCCCCUACCAGUACGGCGACAGAGCUGGCCACCCCUGCGUCCGCGGUGGUCUCCAACCUAAUCAACCUUGAACAAGGCGAAACAAGCAGUAGUAGCAACGGUGUCCAGAGUGGAAAACCUACGUCCAACAUUUAAAUUGCUCUAUCGUCUCCCGGUGACUUGUAUCAUAACAAGCCUUUGGCAUAGCUUUAAGAGUUGUUCUGUUUCUUGUUUUUUUUCGUAUCCACCCCCCUUUGAAACACACGCACUUAAAUCAUUUUUGAUCGUUGUUACAAACUGGUGUCCCCAACACACGACUCAUCUCGGUAGAACAAUGCUGACGAAGAUUACCUUCACCUGAGGUACUUGCUUAAGAACAAAUAUGCGACAGUUACUGACUAAUUUAGAAAAAUCCAUUCGGAUUGAAAGUGGCGCAGUGGAUGUUUCAUUUUUAAUGUAUUGUGAUUCCAAAUUCAGAACGACCAGCAAAACGGAAAGCGCUGGCAGAAGAUAU